GGAAGUGGCCGCCGGGAAGCCGGCGAGGUCGGUUCCGCCCGGCUCCAACAUGGCGGCGCCCUUUGUCUGCCUGGAAGUGCCGUCCCCGGCCUUCUCGCGGUCGUGAUGCACCUCCCUCGGCGGCGGGGUCCGGGACAUGGCAGGUAAUGAGUGGGAGGAGGAGAGUCAAGCUGGCGUUUACCCAAACUCAGAAAAGAGCAGCCUGGGCCACUUGGAAAUCGGAGGUAUGACUGAACCACUCAAGGACAAAACAAAGCCAGCAUCCAUGGAUUUCCCUCAGCACAGCCAGCACGUCUUGGAGCAGCUGAACCAGCAGCGGCAGCAGGGGCUUUUGUGUGACUGCACUUUUGUGGUGGACGGUGUUGAUUUUAAGGCCCAUAAAGCAGUGCUGGCCGCCUGCAGCGAGUACUUCAAGAUGCUCUUCGUGGACCAGAAGGAUGUGGUGCAACUGGACAUCAGUAACGCAGCAGAUGCGGAAACUGAGACCCAAAGAGGUCAGGUGACUGGCCUGGAGGUCAGCGAGAGAGUUUGUGGCAGAGCGCCGAUGACAGUCAUUACUAUCACUUUGGUUGGAUUGCCUUCUGGCGGCCUGGGGCAGGUACUGGAAUUUAUUUACACGGCCAAGCUCAGCCUGAGCUCCGAGAAUGUGGACGAUGUGCUGGCCGUGGCCAGCUUCCUGCAGAUGCAAGACAUCAUCACGGCCUGCCAUGCCCUCAAGUCACUCGCCAAGCCGGCCACCAGCCCUGGGGAGAAUACGGAGGCCGUGGCCAUGGAAGGAGGGGACAGGAGAUCCAAAGAGAAGGCUGCGGCCACCACGCUGAGUGAGCGGAACCCUGCUGGAGGCAGUCCACCCAGGGGCCCGGGCCGGGACCCCAAGGAGGAGCGAGGCGGGCAGGCAGAGAGUGCGGCCAGCGGUGCAGAGCAGACGGAGAAGGCCGAUGCCCCCCGGGAGCCACCGCCAGCAGAGCCCAAGCCCGACCCCACCGGUGGCAUGGCUGCUGCUGAGGCCGAGGCCGCCUUGUCGGAGAGCUCAGAGCAAGAAAUGCAGGUGGAGCCGGCCAGGAAAGGAGAAGAGGGAGAGGAGGACGCCAUGCCUUCUGGGGUCAAGGAAGAAGGGCCGCACCUGGACAAGGGGGAUGCCCCCGAGGAGAGCGAGGAGUCGGCCAGCACGGACUCGGGCCAGGAGCUGGGCGCAGAGGCCCGGGGCCUGCGCCCAAGCACCUAUGGCGACCGUACCGAGUCCAAGGCCUACGGCUCCAUCAUCCACAAAUGCGAGGACUGUGGGAAGGAGUUCACACACACGGGCAACUUCAAGCGGCACAUCCGCAUCCACACAGGCGAGAAGCCCUUCUCGUGCCGGGAGUGCAGCAAGGCCUUCUCCGACCCCGCCGCCUGCAAGGCCCACGAGAAGACGCACAGCCCGCUGAAGCCCUACGGCUGCGAGGAGUGUGGCAAGAGCUACCGGCUCAUCAGCCUGCUGAACCUGCACAAGAAGCGGCACUCGGGCGAGGCGCGCUACCGCUGCGAGGACUGCGGCAAGCUCUUCACCACGUCCGGCAACCUCAAGCGACACCAGCUGGUGCACAGCGGCGAGAAGCCCUACCAGUGCGACUACUGCGGCCGCUCCUUCUCCGACCCCACCUCCAAGAUGCGCCACCUGGAGACUCACGACACUGACAAGGAGCACAAGUGCCCUCAUUGUGACAAGAAGUUCAACCAGGUGGGGAACCUGAAGGCCCACCUGAAGAUCCACAUCGCGGACGGGCCCCUCAAGUGCCGAGAGUGCGGGAAGCAGUUCACCACCUCAGGGAACCUAAAGCGGCACCUUCGGAUCCACAGCGGGGAGAAACCCUACGUGUGCAACCACUGCCAGCGGCAAUUCGCUGACCCCGGCGCCCUGCAGCGGCACGUCCGCAUCCACACGGGCGAGAAGCCAUGCCAGUGCGUGAUGUGCGGCAAAGCCUUCACCCAGGCCAGCUCCCUCAUCGCCCACGUGCGCCAGCACACUGGGGAGAAGCCCUACGUCUGCGAGCGCUGCGGCAAGAGAUUUGUCCAGUCCAGCCAGCUGGCCAAUCACAUUCGCCACCAUGACAACAUCCGCCCCCACAAGUGCAGUGUGUGCAGCAAGGCCUUCGUGAACGUGGGGGACCUAUCCAAGCACAUCAUCAUCCACACUGGAGAGAACCUUGCCUCCCCCCCCCCCCCCCCCCCAGGAGAGAAGCCUUACCUCUGUGACAAGUGCGGUCGCGGCUUCAACCGGGUGGACAACCUUCGAUCCCAUGUGAAGACUGUGCACCAGGGCAAGGCAGGCAUCAAAAUCCUGGAGCCAGAGGAGGGUGGUGAGGUCAGCGUAGUCACUGUGGAUGACAUGGUUACGCUGGCCACCGAGGCACUGGCGGCAACAGCCGUCACUCAGCUCACAGUGGUACCAGUGGGGGCUGCAGUGACUGCUGACGAGACGGAAGUGCUUAAAGCCGAGAUCAGCAAAGCUGUGAAGCAAGUGCAGGAAGAAGACCCCAACACUCAUAUCCUCUAUGCCUGUGACUCCUGUGGGGACAAGUUCCUGGAUGCCAACAGCCUGGCCCAGCAUGUGCGGAUCCACACAGCACAGGCACUGGUCAUGUUCCAGACGGAUUCGGACAUCUGCUACCAGCAGUACGGGUCAGGCAGCACGUGGUCGGCCGGGCAGGUGUUGCAGACUGGGGAACUGGUCUUCCGCCCUCGGGAUGGGACUGAUGGCCAGCCUGCUCUGGCAGAGACACCCCACACAGCCCCAGAAUGCCCACCGCCUGCUGAGUGAGCAGGCAUCUCUCCUGACUGUUUAUUUAAGGAUGGGUGGCCCCGUUCCCUAGAGAGAAUAAAUUUGAUUAUUUUCUAAUGCUGCCUACAGCUCCCUGUGGGGAUGGGGUGGGGAGCUGGCAGCUGUGGCUGAUGCCCCAAAGGGCUGCUCUACCCCAGAACCAGCUGGGAAAGCUAGGCUGUCCCUUCUGCGGAAUGGGGCUGGAGCCUUGGGAUCUGUUUAGAAGCAAGCUGGCUGCUUUGCCCAAGUCAGGGUGCAGAGCUCCAUACACCCCAUCCCCUCAACCAAUCUUCUCUUUGGAGGCUUCUCACCUGUUCACCAUGAGGACCCCAUCUCUCUUUUCUGCCAUGGAGCUGUUGUGACCCUGCUCCCCCUCUGCCUGGGGGUUGGGAGCUGGGCCAGCAGAGGCUGGCCACACUGCUUACCAGGAUCCAGGCAACCCAGAGAACCCAGCUCAGGGGCCAUUAAGCCAGAGCAGCAAGGUAGGCAGAGAGAACCAGGCCGGACAGGCCAUAUCCCUGUUUUGUUGUUUGGGGAGGCAGAAGGGCUUACACUGACUUCACAGUAACCUUGGCCCGAGGAUCAUGGCCAAGCCAGUACCAUCUUUUGGGAACUUUUACUUGCCUUGAGUCAGUAAGUCUCUCCCACCAGGUGAGGGCCUGGAGGGACAAUGAGCAGCUAGGAGCUUUGAUGGGGAGAUGGAGAGACAGCACUGCUUACACUAGGAGCAGGUGCAGAGGCUGGUGGGGCAGGGAAACAUGAGAUGCCCUUUCCGGUAGUUUUCCCCCGAGCAGCCGUAAUCCCUUACUCAGAGAUAGUAGCUCUUGCACCAAAAGUAUAGGUCUUUGGAGGAGCCCCAUGGAUAUUGCAAGUGAGACCGCCAACGCUGCGUCCCAUGUUCCCAUCCCUGCCCAGUUCCUCAGCCUGUACUUCCAGCUGCAGGGGAAGCCUGGCCCAGCACCCCUUCUUCCUGUCAGGAAUCCGUUCCACCAGGCUGUGCCACUGCUGCUGCAGGGCUGGCCUGCACCACACGCAGAGGAGGAAGGGUGAAGAAUCAAGACGCCAAAGCUUGCUCAAGAUGUUUGAGUGUGCAUGGGGUUGUUUUUACCUGUAGUGCCUUCCACAUUAUCCAAGAACCAGUCAGAGCCUUGAAGUAUCACAGGUCUUCACAGCACCACAGCAUUGAGAAAAGUUGGGUCUGUGACAAAGAUCUGUUUCAUACCAGAUAAAAUGCACCUUGGGGGGGUUUAAGUAGUAGACCGGAAAUAGGUUCCUUAUACAGACUGAAAGCAAAAGUGAAAUGAGGGCUAGCUACGCCCAUAAGCCAAGGACAUUUACUUGGUCCUCCUACCCAAGUGACAAUUACAUCCACACUUGACAUGUUUUGUAUUUUUUAAUAAAGUUUGUAAUCCAAUGGACACACAAAACAAAACUGCGCUGAGAAAAACAGUUUUAUAAAUUAAUAAGUGUUAGGAAGUUGUGGGGAGAGGUCAAGGUCACAUAGGAAGAGGAGAGCCAGUCUCUUUGCAGAGUGUGUGUGUGUUUGUGUGUGAGAGAGAGAGACCGACACACUUUCAGAUUGCAGGGGCUGGGCCCGGGCCGUAACGAAGCGCACUUAUACAAAUGAGUGACAAUACAAAGUCUGAGUAUGAAAAUAAGAUUUUUCUCUUAAAACACAUUUUUGGCACAGAUUAAAAAAAAUGUAUGUCAGGGGGAUUUGAUUUAAGUCAGUAUUAUAUAUAUUUAUAUAUAUUAUAUAUUUAUAUAUACACACAUCCCAAGUUCUGCAUAUCCCACCGACAGAAAAUCCUUCGGUUUGCUCUUUUUUUCGAUUGUAAGCUGUACAUCCUGGGUGAAUCAGAUGGUGGUGGCAAGAGAAUUAAGACAAGAUGACAGCCAGAUGAGCAAGAAGAAGGGAGGAGAUGGGGACAAACCCAAUGAAAUGUUCCUUGACCCCAAGGUUUCAGCAGCAGUUUGAAGUCCUGCGUUGAGUCUGUGACAUGUUCACAUACACCAAGAUGUCCAGAGUGCCACAGCCUGUCUUCACUAUGCAAAAGUCCAAGUCACUAAUUUAGUGCAAAGGCAGUUCUGUUUUCUUGUUUCUUAAAAACAAAA